AUGUAAUUUAUUUCUUAAGAUGAUCUAACAUUUAAUGUAAAUAUUUUUCCGAAUUAGAUUAAUAAUAAAGCACUAAAAUAUUGUACUAAAGUUAGUAACACUAAUUUAGAAGUAAUUAAAUUUGCUGGCAUAAACAGUAACAUUUUAAGAAAAGUAAUAUAAUAUUGUGAAAUACAUUAAGAUGAUGUUUCUAUCCCAUAAAUAUCAAGACCUUUCAAAUCUAAUCUAAUGUAUUUGAUAUUAUUAAAUAUAGCUAUGAUAUUGUGAAUUUUAAAGAUGCUAAUUUUAUUACUUCAAUUGACUUUCAAGAAAUAUCUCAAAUUAUUCAAGCAGCAGAACUUCUUGGCAUAGAUACAUUAGUUGAUCUAUCCUGUGUAUAUAUUGCUUUAAAAAUAAGAGGUAGAUUAUAUUUAUUUAUAAUAGGAAAAAGUUCAGAAAAAAUAAAAUUACUCUUCAAAGCUAACAAACCUCAAACAGACGAAGAAGAUUAAAGAUAAAGAGAUAUUGAUGACUCUGCUAAAGGAUAAAGAAUUUAGAUUUUUGAUUGAU